AUGGCUUCGAAUCCCAGAGUAUUCAUCCUGCCCAAUUCCAGCGAAAAUGAUACCAAUACAAUCCUAACCUUCAAGCAUCCAAAUACCAAAAUCCCAACCCGGUACCUAAUCCACCACCCAACAUCAGACUCAUCAACAUCAACAUCAACAUCACCAUCUUCUACACCAUUCAUCUACGAAAUCCUCAAAGUCUCAAACCCUCCACACGCCCCCAGAUCAUGGCUCAUAGCUCCAGAUACACCUCCACUGCCACUCCCAGAUCAAAAUGCAUCCACAGAAGACGCCUCUCCCUCAAAAGAAGAAAAUCCAAAAGACUCCCUCGUCAUCAAAGACGCCCAUCUAUACCUCACAACUCCCUUCGACCCCCUCUACCUUCUUCUCUCCCACCUCUCCUCCCAAAAGACAUCCCGUAACUUCCUCUCCCUCGACGACCUCCUCGAAUCCCACCCAGAAUCCGCAAAAUGGUCAAAACUCCUAUCAAUCCACCCACAAUCCUCACAGAUCCUCCAAUCCCGUUUACUCUCCAUCUGUGAUACCGUAUCAAUAGGCGAAAAUGAACAAAUGUUCCGACUCAACCAAGAAAAACUAUACACCCUCCUCAUCUCCCGCGUGGAAGCAGUCGCAAAGGCUUUACCUUCAAGUUUGGUGAAACAUAUUGCUAAGAAAUUAUCAAAGCCAAUUGCUACUCAGAUAUCUACAUCUUGGAAACGACAGUCUGAGAUAAAUCCUGCCGACAAGAGCGGUGGGGUAAUAGACGAUACCGAACUGGAAGAUCAAGAUGAAGAUGCUCAAGAGCCUGUGACGGAAGGAGUAGAGUCACAACUCCGUCGGGAAGCUUCGAAGUUAAACCUUGAAGAUACGACAGAUACACCCAUGGGGGAAGAAGAAACGGAAAUAAUAGAAGAAAAUCUCCUCCCGCCGGAAGAAAUCCAAUAUAUCUGCCACCUUUCCCAUUCCCUUCAAUUCUUCCAGAAUUACCUUCCUCAGGAAAUAUAUACUUCGCUUUCCGAAAGACUGAACAAAGUACACUCCCAGGAACCGCUAGAAACAUAUUUUGAAGAGCUAAAGGCUCUUCGAGCGGCUGCAAAUGCCGCACUAGACUUCUCGAUGUCGCAUUCUAAACGAAGACUCGAAGAUCUAGAGGCAGGUGGGGGAAGAACUAAAGAAGAUGUUGAGAGAGAGAAAAAGAGGAAGAAGAAAGAAGAGGAUGCGAAGAAGAGUACCGCUGUGAAGAAGUUGGAAAAGGUGGAUACGAAGGGAAUGAUGAAGAUGACAUCCUUUUUCAAAAAGAAGGAUCCCAAGACAUAA